UUCGUUCAUUGGCCGUUAACGAAGAUAAGUGGCGACCGAGCGCCACGCAGCUCCAUGCGCUCGGAACAUAAAUUCGCUCAUUCCUCAGUAUUUGUCCAGACUCCAGACGCGCAACAUCGAGCACCCUCAGCCAUCAACCGUCACUCCAACAAAAUGGUUCUACAAAUUAAUUCAGUGCUGGUCGUCGAUGGCGUCGGGUCCAACUGCACGGACAUACUCAACUCGCAUGGCAUCAGUGUCAUCAACAAGCCGAAGAUCAGCAAAGAAGAACUGCUCCAAGAGAUACCGAAAUAUGACGCGUUAGUGGUAAGAUCAGCGUCUCAAGUGACCAAGGAAGUGCUGGAAGCUGGCGCGAAGCUGAAGGUGGUGGGCAGGGCUGGUGCUGGCGUGGACAACAUCGACGUCACGGCCGCGCAGGAGAGAGGCGUGGGGGUCAUCAAUGCCCCCGGAGCAAAUGCCCUCAGCGCCUGCGAGCUGACCUGCAGCCUGAUCCUCAACCUGUCGAGGCAUGUGGUGCCUGCCGCCGCAGCCCUGCGCGCCGGCAGGUGGGACCGCGCCCUCUACACCGGCACGGAACUCAAUGGCAAGACUCUCGCCAUCCUCGGUCUCGGCAGGGUCGGCAGAGAAGUCGCCGUCCGCAUGCACUCCUUCGGCAUGAAGAUCAUCGGCUACGACCCGUUCGUGACGGCGGAGCAGUGCGCCAGCUUCCACGCCACCAAGAUGGAGCUCGAACAGAUCUGGCCUCUGGCUGAUUACAUUACACUGCACACUCCUCUCAUUGCCUCUACUAAAAAUUUCAUCAACGCCAAAGUCCUGGGCCAAUGUAAGAAAGGCAUCAAGAUUGUGAACGUAGGCCGCGGCGGUCUUAUCCAGGAACGUGACCUCCUCGAUGGACUGAACUCUGGACAGGUUGGCGGAGCAGCUCUUGACGUCUUCGAGCAGGAGCCGCCUACAGAUCCUCUGACCUUGGAGAUCAUCCAGCACACAGCUGUCAUUGCUACUCCUCAUUUAGGUGCUUCAACGAAGGAAGCCCAAGUGCGAGUGGGACAGGAGAUAGCGGAGCAGCUGGUGAACCUCGUGAAGCCUGGCAGCUACAGCACUCCCCUCGCCGAGGUCACCCGCGUCCUCAACAAGCAGGCUUGAACAUGGAGUUCCAUUAUAUCUCUCUGUUACAACUAUAUUUAAGUAUAGUUUAAUUUAUUCUGGUAAAUAAUAACACUGGUCUACAGCAUUUUUGUCCCAAAAGUGAAAUAUAGAAUGAAUUCUUGUAGAAUUUAUGAUACGUAAUCGAAGUCCAUAACAUAAAGUUGCACUAGCGCGUCGGGAUUUGAAGACGUACUCCUCCGAAAGUUCUAAAAACGCGAUGUUUACGAUGUUUGUCAAUUUUUUUUAAGGUCAGCAAAAUUGUUUGGUAAUUUCUAACUAAAGCAUUAUACAGUACCUACCAUUGAUUAUAAUCACCAUUUACUUACUUACCACUACACUUAUAAUAAUUACACACUAAUUCUGGUAGGUAUAGAUGCGCCACUCUCUCUCUCUUUCAAGCUAUUUAUCCCACAUGGUGGUGGUCUGCUUUCCUAAUUUUUCUGCUGGUGGCUCCACUGAAGUCUACAAAAUGCUGGAAGCGCAUAAACCUGUCCAGGAGCCCGGACCCUGGCGCAAAGUUACAACAUGAAAACAUGCGGCGUCGACCAUGAGGUAUCAAAUAUUCUACAAGAAAUUAUAUAGGUACUUAUAUCACUUUUGGGACAAAAAUUAUAGCAAUUUGCAGACCAGUGUCUUCUUCUUCUUUCUCCUGCCCUGUUCCCAAAUUUUACUUGGGGUCGGCGCAAUGUCAUGUAUUAAUGUACCAUGUACACCAGUUUAAUUCAUUUAAAACUCUAUCAGGUAUCACGCGUUACAUCACAUCAUAUCCUCGAAGUUUUAAUAUUUAUAUAUGUACAGUACACAGCUUAUUCUCCUUCAAUAUCUCAAUACGUAUGUUAAUCAUGAUACAUUAUAGCACUGAUAGCAGUUAAGCAAAAUUAUUGACAAAAAGUACUUUUUCACUACUGAAAAAGCUAGUCUUGAAUAUAAACAGUUUAGGUAUACCUAAACCCUUUCACAUAUGACAUGUCUAAAUACUAAACAUGUUAAAAAAAAUCAAAAACAAAUAGAACCUUCAUGAUUAAGUAGUUAAGUAAUUCUCUAAAUCAAACAAUCACAUUAAAAAAUCGUAUCGUAUCGUCGAAGUUAGUAAAUCGUUGUAGGUUUAUAGGUAGUAUUAAGUCUAUUAUGUCUUAAGUAUCUAGUAUUAAGUCAGUUGCAGAAACGUCCAAAAACAUUAAAGCUUCUUUAAAUCUAUUGCUGAAACUUUUUAUUUUGUUGAUAAAGAUAGAUUUAAUGAAGCUGCUUUAAUGGAUUUUUGUGCACGGUUAGAAUAAGUCUUAGUUUUUAAAAAAUCACUAUACAGGUACAAUCGUUUUCUUUUUUAAGUUUCUUGUAGCUGAAUUUUACUUUGAAAAGGCACUCAAUUUACAGGCUAUGUUUAAGUUUAGUUUAAUUUAUAUAAGAACCGUCAGUUGCAAAAACGUCCAAAAAAAUUAAAGCUUCUUUAAAUCUAUUGCUGAUAUUUUGUUGAUAAAGAUAGAUUUAAUGAAGCUGCUUUAAUGGAUUUUUGUGCACGGUUAGAAUAAGUCUUAGUUUUAAAAAAAUCACUAUACCAGGUACAAUCGUUUUCUUUUUUAAGUUUCUUGUAGCAGAAUUUUACUUUGAAAAGGCACUCAAUUUACAGGCUAUGUUUAAGUUUAGUGUUAAGUUUAUUUUGAAAUAAGUUUUGUCAGAAUGCAUGAAGUUAUUUAGUUAGUUAUGUAGUUAGUUUAUUUAAAAAUAAAAUAAAAUUAUAAAAAAAAGAAAGGAAAAGACUAUUUGAAAAAGGGGCGGGGGAAAAAGGGGGGAGCAGGGUUUGAACUUUUUAUUUAAGUAUGCAUGUUUUUCUAAAUUAAUUGGAAGCUGAUUGUGGAUGCACCAAUAAAAUUAAUCAAUAUA